GAGAUGGCGCAGCGGGGCCUGGCGGCCGAGUUCUGGCAAGUGCCGGCGGUGACGCGCGCGUACACGGCGGCCUGCGUGCUGACCACCGCGGCAGUGCAGCUGGAGCUCAUCAGCCCUUUCCAGCUUUACUUCAACCCGGACCUCAUCUUCAGGAAGUUCCAGGUGACUGGCCAGGGCCUUUGCAGCUGCCUACCCCCCUCCAGACUGUCCGGUUGGGAUGUUUCCGAUAGUGCCCCUAGGUACAGGUACUGCCGCAUGCUGGAGGAAGGGUCUUUCCGGGGACGGACGGCGGAUUUUGUCUUCAUGUUUCUCUUCGGGGGAGUCCUCAUGACGCUCUUCGGGCUCCUGGCCAGCCUCUUCUUCCUGGGCCAGGCCUUCACCAUCAUGCUGGUGUACGUGUGGAGCCGGCGGAACCCGGACCUUCGGAUGAACUUCUUUGGCCUCCUCAACUUCCAAGCGCCCUUCCUGCCCUGGGUGCUCAUGGCCUUCUCCCUGCUCCUGGGCAACUCGGUGCUGGUGGACCUGCUGGGGAUUGCUGUGGGUCACAUCUAUUACUUCCUUGAAGAUGUCUUCCCCAACCAGCCUGGGGGCAAGAAACUACUGCUCACCCCUAGCUUCCUGAAGCUGAUCUUCGAUGCCCCUGAAGAUGACCCAAAUUACAGACCCCUUCCUGAGGAGCAGCCGGGCAUGGACCCUAUGGACCGGCAACAGUGACCUCUUCCUUCUUCCACCCUGGAAAAGGACUUUCAUUGUCCUUUCUGGGACCACUGCUCCAAGCAUCCCACACUCCUGCUCCCCCUCACCCCCAACUCCAAGCCUCAUCCUUCCCUCCAUUGAUGCCCUGGGAACAGGAUCAAAUCAACUUGGCCAUGUUUCUUGGAUGGGACGUGCCAACCUGCUCAAGGCCCCAGUCACUAUUCCAACAAUGAAGCUCAGCCUUUAUGAGUGUAAGCCCCUGGAAACAGGGACUUUGGUUUUUGUAUUUCGAUCCCAACCGUGCCUGACACAAUAAACGCUUUGUUCAUAACUGA